AUGAGAAAACGCAGCAGUUUCGGUGUCGUCAUGAGCACUGCAGCAGGAAGAAUAGCAAUGCAGUCGCUGUUGAUCAACAGCUCACCGGAGUCACAGCGGUCACGACGAGUCAGCCAAGGAACACACGGCGAUCUGGUCCACAGUUCAGGAGUUGCUGUCGGGCCUGUCGGGCCUGACGAGAGCCGCGAGAUUGCGUCAGAGGUUCCCUGGGAUGGAUUCCUGGUCAUCGCCCAUUCCAAUAGUGACCCGAGUGUUGCCCAACUGGGAGAAGUGACAAUGGAGACAAGUGAGACAGCGCAGCGCUAA